CAUUCUUGGCGUUCUCUUCCUCUGCUCUUCAUCUACAGUGCACCUCUCGAUCUUGACGUUCUCCUCGCACCGCCCUCACCAUUUCUCUUUCCGCCGCCGUUGAACUCAUCGGAGGAGGUCGGAACUCGGCCGGCAACUGCUGGGAGCGGAGAUUCAAUCGCCGUCACUGUAGACGACAAUCUACGUUCUGAACUAAGCGCAAGAGGAGAUCACGGCGAGAAGGAGAAGGCCCGGCUGCUACAGUCUGUAAAUCUUCCGAAUCCGAUUGCUGGUAGGACCAAAAGGGUGGAAAAUGGGAUUCAGCUAUCAGUAAGAUUUAAGGAUUUCCAACGAAGAGAAUGGCGGACAUUGAAGAUUGCUUGGAUUCCCAAUUAUGGCAUGCUUGUGCUGGAGGUAUGGUGCAGAUGCCGCUGGUAAAUUCUCUAGUUUACUAUUGCCCUCAGGGCCAUGCUGAGCACGCUAAAAGCUCCGUGGAAUUCGAUGGCUCCAUGAAAAUUCCUCCUCUGAUUCUUUGCCGGGUUUUAUCUGUAAAAUAUAAGGCUGAUGCUGACACCGAUGAGGUUUUCGCUGAGAUAAGAAUGGUUCCCUUAAGACCUAACGAGCUAGAUCAUUUUGAAGAAGAAGGAGUUUCAGUAGGAAGCAAUGGGUUAGACAUACAAGAAAAACCUAUAUCGUUUGCCAAGACUUUAACCCAAUCUGAUGCUAAUAAUGGCGGUGGUUUCUCCGUUCCGAGAUACUGUGCAGAAACUAUAUUCCCAAGAUUGGACUACUCGGCCAUGCCGCCUGUUCAGAUGGUUCUUGUCAAGGAUCUACAUGGCAAGAUAUGGAAAUUUAGGCAUAUUUAUCGAGGAACACCUCGCCGGCACUUGCUCACGACUGGUUGGAGCAAUUUUGUGAACGAGAAGAAGCUUGUGGCUGGCGAUUCUGUUGUGUUCUUGAGAACUGAUAAUGGCGAUCUUUGUGUAGGGAUUAGAAGAGCAAAGUUUAUUAAUGAUCUAUCUGUAGGUUGGAAUCAUAAAAACUGUACCUUUGGGGGUCUAACUGCUUUCUUACGGGAGGGGGAUAGAAGGAUGAUUAGGGAUGAUGACGACAGAAUUAGAAUAAGUUUUGAUUCAAACAGUAAGGGGAAGGGGAAACUGAAAGCGGAUUCUGUAAUGGAGGCAGCAACGCUUGCAGCUUAUGGGAAGCCCUUUGAGGCUGUUUACUAUCCGAGGAGCAGUGAAUCAGAGUUUGUUGUGAAGGAACCUGCGGUGAGAUCUGCCAUGAGAGUCCAAUGGUGUCCAGGAAUGAGAUUUAAGAUGGCUUUUGAGACUGAGGACUCCUCAAGGAUAAGUUGGUUUAUGGGGACAGUAUCAGCAGUUCAGGUUGCUUGUCCUAUGAGAUGGCCUGGUUCUCCUUGGAGAUUACUCGAGGUUUCAUGGGAUGAGCCCGAUCUUUUGCAGAAUGUAACCCGUGUAAGCCCGUGGUCGGUGGAACUGGUAUCAAACAUGACAUCCAUCCAUUUCAAACCAUUCUCGCCUCCACAGAAAAAGCUUCGAAUCACCCAUCAUCUUGAUUCCCCAUUCGAUCUUCAAAUUCCAAGCCUACCUUUCCUCCCAAACCCUGAAAGUCCCCUUCUCCAAGAUGGCACCACCCCUGCAGCUAGCAUACAGGGAGCCAGGCAAAUUCUACCAGAACUCCACUUCAGAAAGUUGCAGCCUGGGCUGUUCUAUUCUGGAAUUCAUGUUGCUUCAAAUUCUCCAAACUACGAAGAUGAAUCCAACUUCUUAAGCAUCGGUUAUCCUCCUCGAAGCACGAGUAAUGAAGGAAACGAAGAAUCCAACGCGAAGAAACCUCAGCUCAUCCUCUUUGGAAAACAAAUAUUCACUGAACCGCAGCUCUCCCUCAGCAUAAACAGCUCUUUGGAUGUAAACCAUGAUAUUCAUCAAAAUAACAUGGGGGAUGACAAUUCGCCUUCUGUUAAGGUUUCUUUGCAUUCAGAUCUGAAUGAGAAUGAUAGUGGUUCUGAGUUGGUUCAUUGCAAGGUGUUCAUGGAGUCCGAGGAUGUAGGCCACACUCUCGAUCUCUCAGCGUUCGAUUCGUAUGAGGAGAUGUAUGGGAGAUUGACAAACAUGUUUGGGAUCGAAAGAUCGGAAUUAACGAGCCGUGUCUUUUACAGAGACACCGCUGGCGAAGUGAAGCACCCCAAAGAUGAACCUUUUGCAAAAUUCAUGAACGUAGCAAGGAGACUAACAAUAUCAAUGGAUUCCAGUUGCAGUAACAUUGGAAAAUAGGAGAGAAUUGUCCUGCUAGAAGAACAGCUAAAGGAGCAGUUUUUUGUAAGUUUGAUUCAACUUUGAUUUUGUCAUAGAUCUGUUCUUUGAGCAUUCUAAAGAUUAUAGCUCAGUAUUUAGCUUUCAUUCCAUGCUUGCAAAUAUAGCUCUCAGCAAUUUGUAUUUGCAGCUUUUGAUGGAUUUGUAUCUUUUUAUUUUUUUAUUUUAAUUUCCAAAAAAAAAAUGCAAAUAUCUUUAUUGUUGGUGGCCUUGCUUGAAUAAUGUCCAAAAGGUUCUCUUUUUUUUUUUUUUUUACAUGUAAUUUAAUAUUACCAUUUCAAUGAGAGUGGUGAGGCAAAGAGGAAUGGGACAGAA